CACCAGUAUAAAGGGCCGCUGCAGUCCCUGCUUCAGUGACUUUGGCUUAGUUCAGCUAACCUGGAUCAAGUGAACAGAUCAUUAUGACUGCGGUGUUACUUUCCCUGUAUGCAUGCUUGGCUCUAGCUCUGAGCAAUGCGGCUCAAAUUCAACAUGAUGUCAUGACAAAAGAUGCCGCUGAGGGCCAUUCACAUCCUAAUGGAGAGGACCACCAUGAUGCCAAACCUGAUCGGUGUAAAGACAUUGAGUUUGAUGCUAUAACUCCAGAUGAAAAAGGAAACACUUUCUUUUUCAAAGGUGACCAUUUAUGGAAAGGUUUCUCUGGACCAGCUGAGCUCUCAAACAACAUAUUCAAAGAACUGGAUGACUAUCAUCUCCUGGGUCAUGUUGAUGCAGCCUUCCGCAUGCACCAUCAAGAUGAUCCCAGUGUUCAUGACCACAUCUACUUUUUUCUGGAUGACAAAGUCUUUAGCUAUUACAAUUACACCCUUGAGAAAGGCUACCCUGUGGAAAUCCAGCAGGAGUUUCCUGACGUCCCCAGCCAUCUAGACGCAGCUGUUGAGUGUCCCAAAGGAGAAUGCAUCACAGAUUCAGUGUUGUUCUUCAAAGGAAAUGAAAUUUAUAGCUUUGACAUCAAGACAAAGUCGGUUAAGAAGAAGGUGUGGGCACACUUGCCUAACUGCACAUCUGCCUUCCGCUGGCUAGAGCAUUAUUACUGUUUCCAUGGUUACAGCUUCACUAGAUUCCAUCCUGUUUCUGGGGAUGUGACAGGAGCAUACCCAAAAGCUGCUCGAAACUACUUUAUGAGGUGUGAAGGAUUUGGUCAUGGAGGUGGUGAAAAAAGACAACGCUGCAGUGAGGUCAAGCUGAAUGCUAUCACCACAGAUGAUACAGGGAGAUCAUAUGCAUUCCAGGAUGAAAUGUACAUACGUUUGGACACACACCGUGAUGGCAGCCACCAUUUCCCUAUUUCGAGGUUAUGGAGGGAAAUUUCUGGUGUGGUGGAUGCUGUUUUUAAUUAUGGAGAUAAUAUGUACAUUAUCCAGGGUGAUCAAGUCUAUAUCUACAAGUCAGCAGUACAUUAUACGCUCAUAGAGGGCUAUCCUAAACCUCUGAAGGAAGAGCUGGGCAUCGAUGGUCCUGUGGAUGCAGCAUUUUUGUGUCCAAAUCAGCACAUAGUAAACGUUAUUCAAGGUCAAAAGAUGUAUGACAUUGAUCUUGCAGCCACCCCUCGAGCUGUUAACAUGACAAGACCUAUUCCCUAUUCCCAAAUUGACGCUGGCUUCUGUGAUGGUGAUGGUGUAAAGGUGUUUAUUGGUCCAGAAUACUAUUCAUAUCAAAGCCCACUGAUUUUAGCUGUGGGCAAGAUCAAACCUCCACCUCAAAAGAUCUCUCCAAAAAAAUUUGGCUGUGAAGAAUAAAAUCAAGGCAAGGAAAGAGCUUCAAUUCAAUUCAAUUCAAUUCAAUUCAAUUCAAUUCAAUUCAAUUCAAUUCAAUUCAAUUCAACUCAAUUCAAGUCAACACUUUAUUUAUCCAUUAGGGGCAAUACAAGGUCAUCUGGAGUAACAUAAGCAAUAUAUAAAAAAUAAAAAAUGAAUGAAUGUAUGUGUAAAGAACCAUUUGCAAAUAAAAUAAAGAAAAAAGUCA